UAUAAAUUAAGCCCACCUCCCUCCCUCAACAACCUAUAAAUAAAAUUAGGAUUUUAUUAAAACUAUUAAUUAAUUUUUUUAUAAAAAAUGAAAUUUAAACUUUUAGUAAUUUAGUAGUAAUAUAAUUUUAACAUUAUAACACACAUUUAUUCCUCUAUUCUAUUCUUAUUUGUUUUGGAUAAAAAAAACUUAAAAAGUUAUUAUCAUAUUUUUUCUUUUGCAUUGUUUGCCAUGUAAUUCAACAUUAGCUUGGAAAAAAUUUUAUUUUGCAAGAUUUGGGAUGAAAUCUGGUCGGAUCUUGCUUUGUGGGAUGGGGAUUUUGGUGGGUCUUAUUACUUCAAUACAAAGCUCUUAGCUUCUUCUUCUUCUUUUUCCCAUCCUAUCCCAUCUUCCUCCCAUAAACACAAAAGCCGUUCCUUUCUUGCAUUUCCAAAGGGAAAAGAAGAAAAACCGUUUUUUUAACACACCCACUUUCCCAUUUCUUCUUCACAUCCUCUAAUUCAGAUCAAAGGUUCCAACUUUAAUCUUUGCAUAACCCUGAAUUGGGAAGAAGCAUAAUGGGGAUGGCUGCUGCAGCUGCUACAGAGUCACAGCAGUUUCAUGUGUUGGCUGUUGAUGACAGCCUCAUAGAUAGAAAGCUUAUUGAGAGGCUCCUAAGAACUUCUUCUUACCAAGUUACUACAGUUGAUUCUGGGACCAAAGCUUUAGAAUUUCUGGGCUUGCGUGAGAAUGAUGAUGGCACCCCAAAUACACCUUCUAUUUCUCCUAACAAUCAUCAGGAGGUGGAGGUGAAUAUGGUUAUAACAGAUUACUGUAUGCCUGGGAUGACUGGCUAUGAUUUGCUCAAGAAAAUCAAGGAAUCUUCAUCUCUUAGAAACAUACCAGUGGUGAUUAUGUCAUCAGAGAAUGUGCCUUCAAGAAUUAGCAG